UGGUUAGUAUGUGUUGGUUUGAGGAGAACGAAUUUAAUUUCGUUCAGAAAUCUGUGACUAUGUCAACUACCAUGACGAUAUCUGUGAAGGAGGUGGAUAUUUGCUGUGGUCGCAGUACGUUGAAUGCCAAUUCGAUCUUGGGAAAAAGAUUGCGCUAGUUGUUGUCGGAUUUUUCUGGAUGCUACUGCUAUUUGUACUGAUAUCGUCAGUUGCUGAUGAUUUCUUCUCGCCAUGUGUUUCAUCUAUCGUCGCACAUCUAAAAAUCAGUGAAAGUGUAGCAGGUGCUACAUUUCUGGCGUUUGGCAACGGAGCGCCAGACAUAUUCGGAGCCGUCGCCUCGGUCCUCAGCAGUCCGAAACCAAAAGCCGGGCUGGCACUCGGAGAACUCCUCGGUGCUGGUAUAUUUGUGACGACGAUGGUGAACGCUACGAUCAUAUUUGUUCGACCAUUCAGAAUCGACGUCUUCGCGACACUGCGUGACCUCAUCUUCUACAUAAUCGCUCUGAGUUGGAUUCUGUUCGUUUUCCUCUACAGCCAUCAAGUCACGAUAUCUUCAGUGACGACGUACUUUUUAGGUUAUAUUCUUCUAUACGCAUUUUAUUUGAUUACUGUCGUUGUUGGUCAUCAUCUUCACAGACGUGAAAAAGUAACGACUUAA